UUUGGACGACGACUCUACGAUCUAUACACCAACGCUGUAACGAGUACUUUUAAACACACAAAAGUGUAAUAGUAAGAAGGUCUUUUCAGGUGAGAGAACUCAACUACAGCUCACAAUAAUAGUACCAUCAUCAUCACUACAACUAUUACUAGAUUGAUUACUAGUAAAAUCCAAAUACUUCGUUUACUUACCUAUGGUAACAAUCUGACAGAGUUGUUAGAGAACAGUUUGGUGGUGUUGAUCGGCAUCUGCCAUUUGGUAACUUACCAUCAUGGACUUUCCUGCACCAUAAAUUCAAUUUGACUCCGAGGAAGCUGGUCGGCUCCCUACUUCUGGUGAAAUGAUGUGGACCCAGGGAAGAAACAAUACAAGAUAAAUCGACAUAGCGUUCUGCAACAAGUUUUUGUGAUAAAAGUGACUCCUGUUGAGUGAGUGAGUGCAUCGUCAUCAUCAUCAUAUCGAAAUUACUAUGGACUUCACCUUCCAAAUUGGGGGAGGGAGGUCGUCCUCCACUCCUGGAAAAAAUAAGGGAACCCCCACCGGUUGUGAUGGCAUAGGAGGAGGCAAUAAUUCAGCCGCGGCGGCGGCGGCGGUGACGACGGCGGAAGAAUAUGACCCAUCCCAACCGCUAGAUUCUAGCGAUGAGGAGGACUCUGUCCCCCAGAGGAGCCUCAACUUUGAAAAGAGUAUUAAUAUUAACACGCGGCAUCCACCACAACUACCAACACCUUUGGCUGCUACUAAAGAUGUGGAUAAUCGUCAUCCCCUUCCAUCCCGACUACCAACAGCGCAGCCCCUUCCUCCUCCUCCCUCCUCUUCUUCCCGUAAUAGUGGGACUAAUAAUGAGCCUGAUAUUGACCUAAGCUCCAUACCCAUGCCAAGUGAUGAGUAUCGGCGCCCCACGAUCCAAUUUUCAAUACCCACGAGACACCGACUCAUGUCCAUCAGCACCAGCACCCUGAUUAAGAGACAAAAGGGGGUUAUGAGAAAACAGGACAAGAGUGGGGGAGGCCUCAAUUAUAAUUCUGAAGUGUCAAAAGCAUUCCACAAAGGAGACGGUCAUGACUCUAGCGGUGAUGCUAACGAUCCAAAUGAUGAUGAUCAACCUAAGGUGUCACUCGUUCAUGAAAUAUUUGGCUCUGAUGAUGAGGAUGGUCCGCAAGAAGACGAGACUAGCAACCCUGCUGACGUAACGUCAGAAAGAGAUGCCGUCAAUAAGUUUGGUCACGAAGACACCAUGAUCAUUGUUCCUCCUCCUGCUACUUGUUCUGAGAUAACUCUGGAGGAGAAUAAAUGGAAAACUGUAGCAGAAACGGUGGAAAAUCCGCUAAAUGUGAACAUCCCUAAAUCCACGGCCCCAUCAUCGAACGACGAUGACGACAUCAGAAACGCAGUGACACCGCCAUGGAACGAGGAUGAGAACAUGAUAACAAUUAAACCAGUCUCGGAGCUGUUGGAAGCUCCCGGAAAUGAGAGUAGUUCACCCGAGGUUAUUCAACCCGAAGAACCCGAAGAAGAAGAACAACAUCUCACUGAAUGCCUGGAAGAUUCCUUGGGAAAGGAGAACAAGGAGAUCAUUCUGGAAUGCGUGUCAGAUUCGGAUGACGACUUUGAAGUUACCUUUGUUGGAAUUGGAAGAGCUAAUUUGGCAGAUUUGCGGCAGGGACGACUCGCGAGAAGGAAUCAUCGGCCAAAAAAGUCAACGUCUCCGUCUCCCUGUAAUGGGUUUGAGGAAGGAGAGAUAGUGGAGCUCGAUAAGAGAAGGAAAAGAGAAAAGAAGAAGAAAAAAUCUAAAAAGAGAAAGCGCUCCAAAGACUCGAGAGUCAGUUCUUCUAAAAUGAAUUCGGACAGAUCGGCAGAGGAUUCGGAUAGAAAAUCCUUCUCUGAAAGUGAUAACAAAGAAGUCUCUUGGAGGAAACCAAAGCUCACUAACAAGACCAGAAAUUAUAGAAACGGAAAACGAGAAUCUGAAGAGAAAGCUGACGCUGACCGAGGAGACCGUACCUUAAAGCGAGAUGAGCCAUCGCGAAGGAGGAGCAGAAGCCGAUCUCUGAACAGAUAUUCAUCCUCGUUUCAUUCAUCUUCAAUGAAAUCGAAAUCAUCUCGUCGGCGAAGCUCCAUUUCUAAUUCAAGACAUCGAUCCAGAAGUAAAAGUGGGUCGAGAAGUCCUAUAUCCAGACGAAUCAAUAAUAGAUCACGACGGCCCAAACGUACUAGAAGGGAUGGCUCCUAUCGCAGUCGAAGUAAUGGUUCUAAUCACUCGUCACCUUCUCACUCACGUUCCAGGUCGCUUUCGAAGAGGAGACCUAAACAUCGCCAUUCUCCUUCUCCCACGAAACGUCAUCGUAAUCGGUCAAUCAGCGUGAGCUCGGUCCGGCCAGCGGAAAGUCCCAGACCCCGCAAAAGAAAUCGCAGCGUGGAAGGUAACAAGCAUGACAAAUCUUCCGCAAAACUUUCUCCACCAGCGACCUCCCAUGGCAGUAGGAAACUUUCAAAGUCAGACCCACCUCCUGUGGAGGAGACUAAAAAGAAAGUGAAGAAAGACAAAGUUGUCACAGAAGAGGUGACGGAUAAAGAGAAGAAGAAAAAGAGAAAAAGACGAGAAAAAUCCAUUUCUCCAGUGAAAGCAAUAGUGGCGGACGGUGACAGUAUUGUUGUAAGUCUCAGCUUCCAGAAAGCAAAAGAAGAGCCACCAAAAUCCUCAAAAUCAUCCUCUUCAACUUCUUCUGUAGCUCACAGUAAUACUAAUAAUGCUAAUAAUAAUAAUCGUUCUAGUGAAACUGAAACACGUGGUGGUGGUAGUAGUGGCAGCAAUAAUACUAAUAACACAGAUACCUGCGACGAGAUAGAAGCACCAAUUGCAAACUAUAAAGCAACACCAAGAAAAGGGACCAUAUUAAUUAAUUUAGACGCCUCUCCGAGUCGAGGAGAGAAGGACUUGAAAUCUCCAGAUGGUUCAAAAUCAGAAGAAAAUAAGUCUGAUCGCGACCAGUCUAGUAAAAAGUCUCAGGAAGACAAGAAGAAUGGUCAAGAUCGACUCGAAUCGGAUUCUGAAACUAUAAACUGUGUGGACCGACUCGAUUUUGUUUCUUCUAGUCAUGAAAAUUCGGUGGAUAAUAAUACUCACAGCAGCAGUGUGUCCUUGUUUUCAGUAUCCACUCCCAAAAAAUCAUCAGAGUCGCCUUCUGACAAGGCUACCGCAAGUGCAAGUGCUUCCAGAAGUCCGUAUAAAUUCGGCGAGUUCUUUGUUUCUUCCACUGAAUCCAAAUCUAUAAGUCCUGUCGUGGAGCCUAGCAGCCCUAAAAGUAAUAAAGGAACUAGCGAACUUCCGGAAUCUUCUUCCCUAUCUCAAAAGUCAGCAUCUCGGAACUCUCCUUUUCAAAGUUUCCGUUCUGUCACUCUUGCAAAUGAUACCGAGAGACUCGAGAAAGCGGCGGCGGCUAAUAAAUCUCCCUCUCCAGAAAUCCUAUCCUCUUCCACACCCCUUCGACAACCUUCCUCCACCCCGUCUUCCUCCACGUCUGCUACUAUAAAACCUAUGAUUGGCAACAUCCCUGGACUGUUUCCGUCAGGAUUUUCAUCCUCAGGCUUGAUCUCCACGCCAUCCGUCAUUAUCCCUGCACCUCCCAAAAUUGUCCCCAACUCUACCCCCACAAGUCUGAUCAACAACUUGGUGAGUGUUGCCAGUGCCUUGUACGCCCCCCUGUUGGCUGCCAAACAGCCCAAUGCAGGGCCCAACAUCAACUCUGGUUCUUCGAGACACAAUCAAUCCAACAACAAUAGUAUAAACCUUUCCUCGGUGAAACAUGGUCGUCCAAACAACGGGAUGGGUGGGGAGGGUGACUCUCCUUUCUCGCCAAAUAGCAGUGAUGGGGACGAUUUGUUUGAGCCCCCAAGCCAAGGGGAAGGAAAUCAUGGCAAGGACCAAGGCAUGUCAAAUAACAAAAAGAACCCGGAUCAAUCUCAUCGGUCGUCUGGCAAUAUUGGGGGAAACGCUGGCAAUUCCGCAAAAUACGAUGGAGGGAUGGACAAGCGGUCAUUGUUUGACACAUUAUUCACUCCUUCUGGAGGCCAAAAGUCGUCUAUCACAGUGUCUUCUAAAUUGCAUGGAGGAAAGAUGAAAAAAGUUCCCCGUGAUAAUAAGCGAUCGAAGCAUAAAAGAUCAUCCAAGCGCACAGAAGCAGAUAAAAAUGGGGAAAUGGAAAUGAAUUCUCGAUUAAACGAGGAAGUUCCAAAUUCUGCCGUAGCUUUAAAAAUUAACGAAAAGUAUCUCAAGAAAUUAAACCGACAAGAAAGGGUAGUGGAAGAAGUCAAAUUAUCACUUAAGCCGCACUAUGUUAAGAAACACAUUACCAAGGAGGAAUACAAAGAUAUUUUACGAAAGGCUGUGCCAAAAAUAUGUCACAAUAAGUCGGGAGAGAUCAACCCUAACAAAAUUAAAGAACUGGUAGAAGCCUAUGUGAAAAAGUAUAGAAAAACCCGUAAAGUAGAUAGUAAAGCUGCAUAAUAAGCAUAGGAAUAAUAUAAUUAUAUAAUGACGUGGUCGUAAACCCUUAUAAUGAAAUGACUCCAUAGUUUCUGUUAUAUUAUUAUAGUGUUGUGAAAGAAACGAGACAAUUUGGUCAAUCGCAAUCGUCCAAACCAUUCUACUCCGCAAAAUGAGGACUUAAAAUUAUGUUUUAAUAAAUGAAUAGAACACAGAGUAUUAUUAAAUAGGAUAUAAUAUUUUCGCUUGAUGUAAACUCCUCAAACAAACUAUUCUUACAACAAUAUGACCACGCAAUAAUAAACGUGAAAAUGAGGAAAUGCCACAAUAAUGGUGUACAUCAG